AUGGAGGAAGAACGCACCCCACCAACCAUGCUCGCGCCGUCGGCCGUGACGUCGCUCCGGGCCAGCGCCGGCGUCAUGGAGCGGUCGCUCAGCGAGGAUAUUCGGGAGGAGCGGGAGGAGCUCCGUGAGGCUGCCGAGCAGACCCUCAACAUCAUCUUGGAUCUCAACCUGGACGGCACCAUCCGGUGGGUGAGUCCCUCGUGGGUCGACGUGAUUGGAACGCCGCCAGAGUCGGUUACGGGAGCUGCCAUUGCCGAUCUCAUUGUCGGCGAGAACCCCACCAUCUUCACUGAUACCAUUGAGAACAUGCAGAAGGACGAUUUGCGCAGUCGUUUCAUCCGAUUCGGCCUCUGCCUGAGCCCGCUUUCCAAGCUGCUUCCUCUGGAGAUGCUGAAGGAGUCCGACGGCUCGACUCUCCCCGUCAUUGACCUCGAGGCGCAAGGCAUAAUGGUCUACGACAUAGCUUCCGGGGGUGAGAGUCACACAAUGUGGAUGGUGCGGCCAUGGAUGGCCCCUCGGGAGAUCAAGAUCGAUCUGCCCGCCGUCAUCGUCGAGUCCCUGGGUUCCGGCGCAGAGGUCCUUGCCAGCUAUCUGACACAUCUUGCUGAAUCGGGCUUGGAGGAUCCAUCCCAGGUCGCGCCUCCGCUUCCUGUUCUCUGCAGGAUAUGCGAGCGCCAGAUUCCGCCCUGGUGGUUUGAGAAGCACACCGAGCUGUGCUCGCAAGAGCAUCGCGCGGAAAUGGACGUACAGAUGGCCCAAGAGAGCUUGACGGAACAUCGCCACGCUAUUGUCAAGGUCUUGGAUGCGCUGGAGGCAAGGCGGAGCCGUUCCACAACCGGUGACCAAACCAUCCUCCCAGUUGCCGAAUACAAGGGCAUGCCGAUCGGGCCACCAACCUCGACGACUUCUUCUCCCGGGACGUCCUCCCCUGGCCCUGUAUCGGCUUCGGGUGGCUCGAGAGAGAGGUCUUCGGGCUUUGGUCAUUCGAGAGCUCGAUCGUUUGCCAUACGACGGCCGCAGGCCAGGAUAGUCGAGUUGCUUCUAGAUCUUUGCGACACCAGUAUCGAGAUUAGUACUCCCGCCAUCAAAGAGACGUCGCAGACACCCGGCGAAUUCCGCACCUCGUCGCCCCAAUCCGAAGGCCGCAUUGCGCAAGUGAUACAAUGGGAGACGCCCAGCACCAAUACUCUCGAGCAGGAGCAAGGCCUCGCCCUGCUCUGCGCUGAUACUGAGAAGGUGGCAAAAUCCAAGGUCGAGGCUGUUUUCCGUCACCGCAAGAUCCUCGAGUACGCCGAGCGGAUCCGCAUCGAGUUUGCUAUAAUGGUCCAAGAAUGCAUAGAUGAGGCCAUGCGUAAAGCUGCGCAGAUCGUUGCGGGCCGCCUUAGCGAUUCUACCGAGGGAGAGUCGGAACAAGAGGAUGAUAAUGUGCCGAUGACCGAAGAAGGCAUCUUUUCGGGAUCCUUCGAUGCCCCAUCGACCCUGGCAUUGGCGCUUCAAAAUGCCGACAUCAACGAGGAUCCCGACAAGCGGCGGCUGUCGAUGGCGGUCGAAUCCACCGUUUCCAGCAGCCCGAAGGAGUGUCCCACCCCUCGGUCUCAUCGUGGCGCCCUCAGCAGCCUGACAGGUCAAGGCCAGUCGCGCCGCGAAUCUUUGAUAUUCGAGAGUGAUGCCGGCGACAGCGACGGCAGCAUGAGGUCUUCCUCUGUGACCUCACGACCGCCCCCGCGGACAGAUUCGCCCAUAUCCGAAUUUGGCGAUCUUCGCCGACAGGCAAGCUCGCGACAGCACCAGCGCCGGAGCCUGAUAAUCCCAGGCACAUCGUCUCCGCGGAGACAAGAGUCUCCUUCAAGACCCGGACAACCGGCGUCACCCCUCCGCAUCCACAAGCCUCGUGGCCUAGUAUUUCCUUCGGACGGUUUGAUGUCCCCUGAAGCUUCCCCCAUGCUCCCAGGCAGCGAGUUCGCCUCACCCAACAUCGCCCAGCACCAUCAUCAUCAGCACCACAGAAGACAGUCUUCGGCUGCAGUCUCGGCUUCUACAGGAGAAAUGUCUUUCAGGCCUCCGCCUUCGCCUCGGUUAAGCGCCGUCCUCGGAGCACCGCAAGCGAAGGCCGUACCACCUUCGAUCAAGGAUUUUGAAAUCAUCAAGCCCAUAAGCAAAGGCGCGUUCGGGAGCGUCUACUUGUCGAAAAAGAAGUCUACUGGCGAAUACUUUGCAAUCAAGGUGCUGAAGAAGGCAGACAUGGUUGCCAAGAACCAAGUAACCAAUGUCAAGGCCGAGCGGGCAAUUAUGAUGUGGCAGGGCGAAAGCGACUUUGUUGCCAAGCUCUACUGGACAUUCUCGAGCAAGGACUACCUUUACCUGGUGAUGGAAUACCUCAAUGGCGGCGAUUGUGCGUCUCUGAUCAAGGUCCUUGGGGGCCUUACCGAGGACUGGGCCAAGAAGUAUCUUGGCGAGGUCGUUCUCGGAGUCGAGCACCUGCAUAGUAGAGGCAUUGUUCACCGCGAUUUGAAACCGGACAACCUCCUAAUUGAUCAGAAGGGCCACUUGAAGCUGACCGAUUUUGGUCUAUCGCGCAUGGGACUGGUUGGUCGACAGAAGAGAGCCCUCAAUAGCGGUGCUGAUGCUGCCCCUGAUCUCCUCAAACAGGGUCCGUUUGCUAGGUCUGCCUCGAUGGCUUCGUCGAGGUCAACCUCGCUGGAUCUCCACGGACGGAGUCAGUCUCCCAGCUCUACGCCGCAAAUGACACCCAGCGACAUGGGCGCAAGCCUAGGCCAGCCAUCCUACUUCAGCCUCGGGUCUCUGUCCCAUGAACCGCGACGUGUAUCGAGCCAUCGCAGCGAUAGUGGCAGUAGCGAUGCAUUGGCACAGCUAUUGGGGAACUUGGCUUUGAACGACGCGCCACCAGGCGCUUCUCAGGCAAUCCAGUCACCCGGGGAUGGAAGCGAGAUGGAAGCUGCUCCCUCGCCUGACUUUCCUUCCCUUACCCACACGAACACGCAGAGUAGUGUAGAGACCAGAGGGACACCUCCGCAACCAGCGAUGCCCCCGCCGAACUGGGCCUUGUUCGAUCCCGAGGACACCAACCGCCGGUUCGUUGGCACCCCUGACUAUCUCGCGCCGGAGACGAUCAGGGGCGAGCCCCAAGACGAGACAAGCGAUUGGUGGUCUGUCGGAUGUAUUAUGUAUGAAUUCCUCUACGGCUUUCCUCCGUUCCACGCGAACUCGGCCGAGCAGGUCUUCGAAAACAUACUGGCUCGCAGGAUCUACUGGCCCGAUGUGAGCGAAGAGGAUGUGUCGAAGGAAGCCAAGGACUUGAUCAACAGGCUACUCUGCUCGGACCCGCACCAGCGGCUAGGCUCUAACCGCGAGGAAAAAUUCCAAUCUGGGGGCGACGAAAUUCGGAAUCACGCCUGGUUCGAGGGACUAAACUGGGAGACUCUGUUACUAGACGACGCCCAGUUUGUCCCGUGCCCGGAGAAUCCAGAGGAUACCGAGUAUUUUGAUUCUCGGGGGGCUACCCUGCAAACGUUUGCCGAGGAGAUGGAGGACCAGUCGUCGCCGCCUUCGUCGGUGCCGACAUCUGAAUACCCGGAUCGGCCUCAUGACGCCCUGUCUCGCGUCAGGUCCCAGGUCAACUCCAUGAAGCGAGGACUGAUGCCGCUGCACAUCCCGCCGCAUGUUCGGGAGCUGAAAGGAAGACGCUUGAGCGAGCCCGUGGUAACCGAUGACUUUGGUAAUUUUGCGUUCAAGAAUUUGCCCGUCCUCGAAAAGGCAAACAAGGACGUCAUCCAAAAACUGCGGGCGGAGGCUCUUGCAGGUCAGACUAAACCGACCAGCCCUGGGGGUAUGAACACAGUCGUGUCGCCCGGGGGCGCGCUAGAGGGCAGCCCUAUUCCGAUUUUGGCAAACCCAGUACAGAGAACGCUUUCAAAUGCCAAGGCAUCGCAAAGGCCGCAGUCACCCUCCGGCAUAAAUUACACCAACUCAUCACCGAGCCGCAUCUCGCAGCCAUCCUCACCCCUGUUGGUUUCGUUUGUGGCCGGCCAAGGGACCGACGGCCGGCGCAAGGCAUCGAGCAACGCGUCAAGCCUGUCGCAGCCCUCCAGCAACGCACUACAGCCAGGAGGCUUCUUUGAGAUAUCCCGCGUCCCCCCUACUUUGCAGAAAGCGGCUACUACAGCUGGCGCCUUAUCGCCGAUCAAGGGACGCGGGAUUCCACCCCCCUUGCCCCUCUCGCCGCAAAAGGCUGGUCCCAAUCAAAUGAUGUCAACUCCUCGACACGCCAGCGGUUCGUCUGCUGGCCGCUCCCGGUCUUUGACUGUUGGAUCUCAAGAAGGCAGCCCUGUGGCGUCGGACAUCUUGGCGGCCCAUCACAAAAACCGUCGGAGUCAGGUCUUCGACAUGUCACCCUCGUCCUCGGACAACGAGGGCGAGAAGGUUAAUGCGCUUCUCCGGGUGCAGAGGCGCCGGCAGAGCUCGCGGCGAAUGUCGCAGAUUGCGCUUGACGGGCCGGUUUUCCGCCCCUUGGAUGUGCUAAUUUGCGAAGACCAUCCAGUCUCCCGGAUGGUGAUGGAGAAGCUGCUCGAGAAGCUGCGCUGCCGGACGAUUUCAGCAACCACGGGGUCCGAAGCUGUUCGCUUCUCCAUGAGUGACAUCAAGUUCGACAUCAUCUUCAUGGAAUUCAAGCUUCCUCAGAUCAACGGGGCUGACGUUGCCCGCAUGAUCCGUGAGAUGAAGAACGCAAACUCGCACACGCCAAUUGUUGCUAUAACAGCGUACCUGAAAGAGCUACAGGCGCCCCAUUACUUUGACUCACUGAUUGAGAAGCCCAUCAGUCCUUCGAAGCUCACCGAGGUGCUUGGCACUCUCUGUCAAUGGAAAACUGCCUCGCCAGGCCAGAACUAUCCGCUCACUUUGUCGAUGCCCCAUCCUAUCCCGUCAGGGCUCCGGCAGGAGAGUAUGCGGCUCGAAGAUAGCCCAACAUCGGGCUCGUCGGGAUAUGCCCACCGCUCCAGCAGCAGCUUCCGCGAGGACUCGAUAAGUUCCAGUCUUUUUGGGGAUUCCGAAUCUGUCUCGACAGAUGAUAUCCCUAUGGUCAUUGGCAGGAAGGCUACUGGCGAUUGGGACGAAGGCGGACUUGGCAUCUCGGGGCCCGAGGAGGUCCUCUUGAGCUCCAGCGACCCACUAAAGUCUCCACUACACCCGCGCCUCCUCACGCAGCAAUCGGCGCCAGCACAGAUCGAACACUCAUCCCGAUCGGGGCCGGCGCCACAGCGCUCGCUGGAGAAGCUCAGGGCAAAGAGGGAAUCGAUAGAGAAGCGCAGGUAUGAAGGAAGUGUUGAUUCCGCCGACGAUGAAGACGACGAGCUUGGCGUCCAAGGCAGCCAAUCCGGCAGCAGCGGAAGUGGGAGCAACCCCGUUUCUCCGUCCAGAGGGCAGCAUCACCGCAGCAAGUCGGUCCUACCGUCUUCAAAGCUCGGGAUCGAAAUGAUGCGUGCAAACAGCCACGACAGUGUCAUUGGUGCAGGGUCGGAAAGCACCAGCACGUUGGAGCCGGUGACUCAGGUGGUCACGCCAAACCAGGACCUGCACUUCGAUUUCCCCGACUAUACGCCGUCUUCUGAUCCAGUGACGCCUCCGCCAGGCUCAGCUGAGGAAGAAGGCGAUGCUACCGUAAUUAUCAGCACACCACCGGAGCCCGAGCACGGACCCGAUGACCCCACCCCCAUUGACGUUGACGAGACGCCCCGGCCAAGCUCGGCCUUUGGGCGCAAGAUUCUGGGCGACGAUGAGCCAACACCCCGUCCUCCGGUGAGAUCGCUGGAUAGAAAUGUCGUGUCACCACUCCCAACUCGAAUUUGA